GCUCUGUCUUGAUUGGCCCUCUGGAGCCGAAUCCUCUUGAAUGAUUUCAAACCCGAAGACUUUGGACACAGAAGAGGAGAGGGGGGAGGUGUUCGCUGGGAAGUGGUCAGGUUGAAAGAGACUAAGCGCUCUCAGUCCAGCGAACGCACCAUCUCAUGACAGGGAUUUCUAUUUCGCGGAGCAGCGCUUUUUCUGACGUCUAACCGCUUCCAGACGGAGGGAAGGGGAAAGAAACGGGACUGAUUUCGCUUUUAAGCUGGCCGAUUUUAAAUCCGCCCCAAAAAACCAUCCUGUUUCUUUUUAUUGUUAUUAUUUAUGUCCUAUCACUUGUGUGUAGUGAUGUCCUGCGAGGAUGGUGUCUAAGCUGAGGGACGCGCUGUGCUGAUUGGAUUCGGACCAGACUGGGAAUAUCUCUGAAUCAAUAUCUCAGCAUUAUCAGUAAUAACUGGAGAAAUGUGAGUACCAACAGUUGGCUUUGAGGUCCAGUUAGGCUUUUAUUUACCAAACCAAAGGGGCUGGGGAGGGAGGGCUUUCAGCCCAUGCACAGGUUGUCAUAGCAUCCAAUUAAUAUUUUCAAUCUACCACAGGAGCUUUAGUUUGGACAAUGUGUUCGUUUUCCAAUACCAUCCCUCAGCUCAGGUUGGGUUAAGUCAGGUUCUCACAGUGAGUUGAAAGCAGCAGUAUUCACACACUGAGAUUUAGAUUACAGUCAUGGCUAAAAAUCCCUCAGAGGGGGCCAAAGAUGACCUGAGCCAGAUGACUGAUGAUGACCUGCUGCGGUUCAGCAAAGAGGAGCUGGUGAGGAAAUUAAGGAAGGUGGAUGGGGAGAAAAUGAACUUGAUGAUUGAGCAUGGCAACAUGAUGAAAGACAUCAACCGACGGCUGCAGCUGCACCUGCAUGAGAUCAGGAGUCUGAAAGAGGUCAACCAGAAGCUGCAGGAUGACAACCAUGAGCUCCGGGAGCUCUGCUGCUUCCUGGAUGAUGACAGGCAGAAGGGCAAGAAGCUGUCCAGGGAGUGGCAGCGCUUUGGCCGCUACACUGCCAGCGCCAUGUGGAAGGAGGUAGGUGCCUACAUGAUGAAGCUAAAAGAGCUGGAGGCCAACCAGGAGAGUGUGCUGAGGGAGAACUCUGAGCUGAAGGAGAUCAUCCUCAUGCUGGAUGAGGAGAGGAACGGGGCUGGCUCCAGGAGCUCCAUAGACAGCCAGUCUAGCCUCAGCAACCUGAACGGUGGAGCUGGGACAGUCAGAGAUGUUGGAGAUGGAAGCAGCACGUCCAGCACAGGGAGCGCCGGCAGCCCAGAUCACCACAACCAUGUACACAAACCCUCAGAGAACAGUAAGAUGCCCACCAUGAGGAGGUCAAUGGAUGAUCUGUCUGCACCCCAUCACCACAGGAGCAUCCCUAAUGGAUUGAACGAUUCCUCCACCAACUACAUCAGGCAGCUGGAGACGAAGGUCCGGAUAUUGGAGGACGAUAACAAUAAGCUCCUCUCUCAGGCCCAAAACCGCUAUAGCUUAUCACAGAUACAGAUGAAACAGCAGUGUAACCCAGGUGACCUUCGAGCCCUGAGGAAGGGAAUGACGCUGUACCACUCCGAGUCCCAGCUGUCCUCACUGCCCCAGCGCCAGGAGGCCAUGCACAUGGGAACAAACCGUCUACCAACCAGUGAAUCGUCUCCAGCCACCGGCUACCUGUCCUGCGUCCAGAAGCCUGAGGCAGUGGUGCACGCCAUGAAGGUUCUAGAGGUCCACGAGAAUCUGGACAAGCAGACUCCUAAGGACUAUGAGGACGACCUCAGUGAGAAGGAGAAGGCCAUCGUGCGAGAGAUGUGCAACGUGGUGUGGAGAAAACUGGGCGAUGCCGCAGGAUCAAAAAUGUCCAUCAGGCAGCAUCUCUCUGGGAACCAGUUCAAGGGCCCGCUGUAACACGGCAGCCGGCGACGCAACCGAUCCACACUUACCUGGGAUAACGCCACCUUACUACCUGCCUAGACGACCCGUCACGCCGUGCUCCCCCACUGCCGACGAAGCUCAGCUUCCCUGCAGCAAACACUCUCUAUAGAAGGCUACAGAAUGAACAAUGUAGUCCAGUAGUUACAUGUACAGUCAAAAUGUACUCUUUCCUAACCUGUCAAUGGUAAAGUUGACUACUGGCAGCUAGUUUGGCCAAUUACUUUUUAUCCACAGACACACACCCGCUUUUAGCUUCUUAUUUAAGAGCAUAGCUGCUCUCUUAUGAGCCAGCGGUGCAACAUGGUUGCAAGCACAGACCUGACAAAGCCACAGGAGCUGAGACCUCCCUGCAUGUCGAGAGCCAAAAGUGACACAAGUCAAUAAUUUGUCAGAUAAAUAUAUAGGUCAUGCUAUUGAAUAAAACUUAUAUACAGUAAAUGCUAUAUCGAAUUAAUAAAAUUGGUAAAUUACAAAUUAAAGAAUUUUUAGAGUAUUUACAUGUUUCACAUUUAAAUUCCUUCAUGAGACUGUAAUUGUUCUGCAAACCAAUAUUGUGGAGAAAAAGUCAAAUUUUUUAAUAACUAUAAAGGCUUUUCACAUACAAAGAGUUUUCAUUUUAAAUGGAGUAACUAUACAUAUUUGGAAAUUUCUAAAUUUAGUUUUAUCAUUCCUAUAAUUCAUAAAUACAUAUAUUCAUUAAAUAUAUUUCCAAUAUAUAAGAUAUUUAUUUAACAAAUUAUUUCUUUAAUAAAUUGUGUCACUUUUCUUGCUCAAUAACUCAUGCUGCUGGGAUGAGAGCGCUACAGUGUGGCUGAAUUCCUGGAUAACUUUUGAUAGUACCCCAUUAUAGAACCAUUAGCUCCUGCCACAUAUAUAAAUAUAUCUUUCCGCCCCCUAGUGGUCGACGAGUAUAAUUAGGAUUAGCAAUCUAAAUCGUUAACCUAGGUGAAACCCACUGUGAUCUAGCGCCUUUUGCUUGUGAGACAAGUUUAUAAAUAGCUACAUCUAGGGAUCACUGUUAACUUGUGUAUAAUGUGUAUAAAACCAUAGUACUACUUCAUAGUUUCUCUUGAUUUAACUUUUUCUCUUUUUAUUUGUACACUAGAGUUGCCAUGUGAUCAAAAGUUUCUGUUUUGAGAGCACACACAGUCGGAACCUUCCACAGGGUUUGCUUUCAGUAUUAACAGUUUUAUAUUAUUAAUGUUAUUAGGAUAAUUUUUCCCAAAUGAACCUUUAUUAUACCUUCUUGAUGUAACCUCUGAAAAUGUAUCGAGGAUUUUUGGAUUCUACAGAUGAUUUUAUGAUUUUUGUGAAACAAGCUAGAGCUUGUAUGCUGUGUGCAUGUAAGACAAUCAUUGUCUCAGGUUGGGGGGGCAAGAGCUUUACCUUCACCCAUUUCUGAGUCUGUUGGUGCGUUAGUGUGCAUGUUUGCGUGAAUGGAGACAGGAUGUUUUUUUUUGCAGCUGUAGCAUCUGGUCACAUGAUGGUUUAUUGAAUGCAUUUUCUGAAUCCAGGCAAAACUUUUUCAUUGCAGUAAGAUUCUGGAGGUGACAGCAGGUGCACUAAAGUUUGAAUCAGUGGGUUUUAAAUUGAAAUGAAUUCAAUUCUGUUGUAAUGGAUUCAGCAGGUGCAUGUUUUUUUUUCUAUUUUUUAAUUUUCUAAGAAGUAUGUCUUCCCUUCAAUGUCUUUAUGCCAUGAAACUUUGUAAAAUUUAGUAUUUCUUGAUGUCAAUAUAUGAGCAGUCCAUCAGCGUAUUUAUUGCCAGGUUUAAGAUAGAGAUUGGAGAGCAAACAGUAGCUUUGAAGUUGAAGAAUUUGGCAGAUUUGCUUGAAUCUGUAAUUUUAUCAGAUGAAAGUGGCCGACAGAACGGGCUCUAUCGUCUUUAGUGCUAUUUGUUCCAAAUUAGAACAUUUCCCAGGUUGUCGUUACGGACCUUUACGCCCUUAAAAAAAAAAAAGAAGAGUAAUUAAACUAUUAAUUUUAAAGUGUCCUUUUUUUCUAGGAACUGCUUUAAAGCCAUGGUACAAUUUUGAAUACUUUAAAAAGUGGCAUUAAGUUUGAAAUAUGCCACAUUUUCUCUCAAUGUGUUUUCAAUUUGGUACCCGAAUACGUUUUUUAAACUUUUUCCUCUUUAAUGCUCCACUUUCCACUUGUAUAGUAAAACCACAAUCUCUUGAAUCUCUGGUUCAGACUUCCAUCCUGUAGCAACUAGCAUGACUGUAACUUUUUCUUAUGAAUUUCACUGAUGAGAUCAACAAUUUUCAGGUGAACUGGACAUGAAUUAGGCCACUUUUAGCAAACUCUGGGAAAGGAAAAUAAACGAGUUGAUUCAU